AUGGGCGAAAUGGAACGCGGUGACGCCAACAGGAGGACAUUAGAAAUGUAGAUUGGGGUGUCAAAGUCGUCGGGCCACACCCUUCAUUCAUAUUCUAAACAACAAUUUGCCAACGUGAACCGGUUCGUGUCUGCCUAUAUCCCUCCACGAUCUCGUCUCAGUUAUUCUGGUCGAAUCAAUAAAUAAACCUGGCGUUGUAACUCAUCCGAAAAUAAUAUAAAGCCUUGCUGUUAUCAAUCGCGACACGCAGUUUCGUAGCUUCGGUAAAGUAUACACAGGUUUUUAUCAGAAUCAUUUCGUCAAAGAUGAAACGUUGUCGAAGUUCACUCGCUCUGAUUUAUUCGAUAGAUCGACAAAAAUCGUUUAUAGUUUAUAAUUUAUAGUGAAUCCUCGACAGCAGAGAUCGAAAACAUGUCGAUCGUUAUGAACGUCGGGGAAAAGAAUCACGAGCAAGAAUAUCCCGUUGAUCGUGACGGAGGACCGAGAGGAAACGGCAGAAGAACUAUGCGUAGGAGCAAAAGAAAAAAACAAUCACGGAUGAUAUUCGACAGGGUCUACGCCACGUUGCUUGCCUUCGCUGUGAUCCUGGUCGUAUCGAUAGAGUCGAAACCGAUCGGGCUGAACUUGUACGUGAGCGGUCAUCAGAAUCCUUCUGAAGUAAUCAAUGUGCAUCCGCAACUUCUUCAGUACCAGAACUCUCCGUUUUACCACCACAAUUUUCUUUAUGCAUUCUCUUCCCCGCCAUUUUUUUGUAUUCCUCAGGUGGCCGUAGAUGUAAACGCGAUUCCAGCUGCUGUCAUCGCCUAUGGAAAACCUUCGAUCCCUCAUUUGCCUGCCUAUAACAUCUACUAUGGCACCCCUGCAUAUGAUUUCCGGAUUCCACUGAACACGUACUAUCCACUGUUAAAACCGAUUCAACCGGGAGGGCCACCAAAAUCAAGCCCGCCAUCGACAACCACUGUGAAACCAGCCGAUGAAAGCAGCGAGGAUGCCAUCGAGAAGCUGGACACAAAGGUCGAACCAGAAAAGGAAACGAAAAAAUCGAACAGAAACAAGGAAAAUACCGACGAUGACAGCAUUACCAUUGAAACGAUAUAA